CCUAGGUCACGCAAGCCGUUUGACUUCUCACUCGUAGAACACUGCAUUGACAAACGUGUAGGUGACCUAGACUAGACGAUGAUUGGAGUUCUGUUGGUGGCCGCCUUCUCUUUUACAAUCAUCAUAAUUACACAAGUGUUAAUUAAGUUCAUCAAGUUAAGGAAUGCUUUCCGAGGAUUUCCUGAGCCGACUUACGACAAGCACUGGCUCCUGGGACACAUUCCUCACUUUAGGGGAGGUUUCCUGGGUCAGCAGGUUUUGGACAAGAUGAUGGAAUGGACCCGUAAAUAUCCUACUAUGUAUGUCGUGUGGAUAGGGCUGACCCAAGUCAGGGUGAUCCUGAAUCAUCCCGACUCAAUCAAAAAGAUUUUGGCUACAGCAGAUCCUAAGCCAGUUGGAUAUGGUCAAGGAUAUCGCCACGCUAUUCCCUGGCUCGGUGAGGGACUCCUGAUUGCGGGGGGCGCUAGAUGGAAGCGCUCUAGACGUCUGCUGACUCCUGCCUUCCACUUCGAAAUACUGAAACCUUACAUUAAGAUCUACAAGUCAUGUACAGACCUUUUGGUGAGAAAUAUUCAGACGUACUCGGACAGAAAAGAGAGCGUGGGGAUAUUCAGCCUCGUCAGCUCUUGUACAUUAGACAUCAUACUCAGAUGUGCCUUCUCAUACGAAACGGACUGCCAGAAAGUCAGUGUAGAUGAGAAUCCAUACGUCCAAGCUGUGCACAAUCUUUCCAUAGAAAUAUCACGCAGAAAUAGUAAGCCGUGGUUGAGUUCAGAUUUCAUUUAUUACCUGACAAAAAAUGGGAAGGAAAUGAAGAAAAAUUGUGAUUUUGUGCACAAGGUAGCCGAGGACGUAAUCAGGAAACGACAUCAAACAGUAGAAAACAAAGACGUGUCUUCGCGGAGGUAUUUGGACUUUUUGGACAUUCUUUUGACUGCUAAGGACGGAGACGGCAAUGGUAUGUCAAUGGAGGACAUGCGCAGUGAAGUGGAUACGUUUUUGUUUGAAGGUCAUGACACUACAGCCAGCGCCAUCUCGUGGAUCCUGUAUUCAUUAGCCGAACAUCCAGAGUACCAGCGCAAAUGCCAAGAAGAAAUAGACAGGGUGGUCGCUGAUACUAAAUCUGGAGAUCUGGAGUGGACGGAUCUUGAUAGAUUGGAGUACCUAACGCAGUGCAUCAAGGAAGGCAUGCGACUUCACUCUCCUGUCCCAGGGAUUAUGAGAGUGAAUCUUUCUCCGAUUGAAAUAGAUAAUCAUGUGAUCCCAGCUGAAAGUAAUAUCGCGAUCAGUAUUUACAGUUUACACCACAAUCCCGCUGUUUGGGGUGAAGAUCACAUGACAUUCAAACCCGAAAGAUUCACAAAGGAGAAUGUCGAAAAGAGAAACCCGUUUGCAUUUUGUCCUUUCUCUGCUGGGCCUAGAAAUUGUAUCGGACAACACUUUGCCAUGAACGAGGAAAAGAUUGUACUAGCGACUCUUCUUCGAAGGUUUACAUUUUCUUUGGACAAUGCACACGUUGUUGAGAAGCAAAUGGCAAUGGUAAUGCGAGCCAAGGAUGAAAUCAAACUUUUUGCUGUUCAAAGAUGAAGAAUUGAAUACGGGAAUUAAUUGAUCAUAAAGAAAUACAGAAUAAAAGGAUUGAAAACCUU